AUGUCACGUUCUUCUCGUACAGGUCAGUUGCAAUACGAUCCUGAGAUCGAGAAGACUGCAAAGGGGUUGAGGAAGGAGACUAAAGUGCGCAAGAAUCAAGCCCUUUCAUCAACAUCCCUUCAAUCGAAUACCACAACUGAAUCAACUGCCUCUUGUUGCGAUCCUGAAGUGGAACAAGAAAUGGCUGAAGAACAAAGAACGUUGCGGGAGCUUUCUGCACCAAAUGUUAAUCAACAACCACUUUGUAUUCAACAUCCUACCUUAGAGGUUGGUUUUGAAUUACGUUCAGGAUUGCUUCCCAUGGAGAGAAAAAUGAUGGAUGCAACUAGUGGAUGUGCUAUAGUGAAUGAAAUUCCCCAAGAAGCUGGAGAACGGGAUAAGUCUUCUAGAAGAGUGAACGAGGUAAACAUUUCUUCCAUUGAGAAUAAACUAUCUCAUUUUACUACUCUUGUUCAACAGUUAGUUGUAGGAAAUAUGCAGCAAGUAAAAACUUGUGGGAUAUGUGCUGCUACUGGACACCAAACUGAUAUGUGCCCAACACUUCAAUACGAUUCGUUUACCUUGAGAAGUGGAAAAGAGCUGCAAGAACCUACUCAAGUGAAAAGCAGACACAACCGAGAUGAAGAAAAGGAAAAAGAAGUCCAUCCACCCCAAAAUGAUCAAAAACUUGUCAAAGAACAUCCGGAGGCUGUGGUAAUUCCUCCCCCUUUUCCUAGUAGAUUGGCAAAAUCAAAAAAGGAUGAAGAACAAAAAGAAAUACUUGACACAUUUCGAAAGGUUGAGGUAAAUAUUCCUUUACUUGAUGCUAUUAAACAAAUUCCUCGAUAUGUUAAAUUUCUUAAAGAGUUGUGCACAAAUAAAAGAAAGUUGAAAGGCAGUGAAAUGGUAAACAUGGGGGAAAAUGUUUCAGAUGUUCUACAAAAGAAGUUGCCUCCUAAAUGUAAAGAUCCUGGAAAUGGUGUAAUUGUUCAACUUGCUGAUAGAUCUAAUGUUUAUCCUGUGGGGGUUUUAGAAGAUGUUUUAGUGCAAGUUGAUGGGUUGAUUUUUCCUGUUGAUUUUUAUGUGUUAGAUAUGGAAGAAGAUAAUUCUACUAAUUCUUCAUUAAUCUCAUUAGGAAGGCCAUUUUUGAAAACAUCUAGAACUAAAAUUGAUGUGCAUGAAGGUACACUCACAAUGGAAUUUGAUGGUGAACUCAUUAAGUUUAACAUUUAUAAUGCUAUGAAAUAUCCUGAUGAUGUGUCGUCUGUUUCUCUAGUAGAUGUUGUUGACCCUUUUGUGCAGAAAAUUUCUUAUUUGACGGAUAAUAAUGCCUUAGAGGUUGCACUAAACUUGAAUCUUACCCCUGAUGGGUGGAAGAAAAUCAUGAAUAAGUUUUCUUUGAAUUUUGAUUUGCAAGAUAUUGUACAUGAGUUGGAGUCACUUAAGCCAAUGAAAUAUAAUGCUUAUUAUAUUGAGUUGCCUAUAUAUGACACAAAACUCCUUCCUUCUGUUGUUCAAGCUCCAAAGAUAGAACUCAAACCAUUGCCAGAUCAUUUAAAGUAUGCAUUCUUAGGGGAUGAAGAGACUCUUCUCGUGCUAAUCUCCAAAAAACUAUCUACAUUGGAAGAAGAAAAAUUGGUCCGAGUGCUUAGGGAAUAUAAGUGUAUAAUCUAUCCAAUCUCAGAUAGCAAGUGGGUAAGUCCUGUGCACAUUUUCCCAAAGAAAACAGGUAUAACAGUGAUAGAAAAUGAUAAUGGUUUUUAUCAGAUUCUAGUUGCACCUGGAGACCAAGAAAAAAUGACCUUCACCUGCCCAUUUGGCACCUUUGCAUUCCGAUGGAUGCCCUUUGGUCUUUGCAAUGCUCCUACUACAUUUCAAAGGUGUAUGGGUAUUAUUUUGGGUCAUGUGGUAUCUUCUAAAGGGAUUGAAGUGGAUAGAGCUAAGGUAGAAGUUAUUAAAUCUUUGCCUUACCCUGCUAGUGUGCUGGAUGUUCGUUCUUUUCUUGGUCAUGCAGGUUUCUACAGGAGAUUUAUGAAGGAUUUUUCAAAGAUUAGCAAUCCAUUGUGUCGAUUGUUGCAAAAAGAUGUGGCAUUUGAGUUCGAUGAAGCAUGCAAAGAUUCAUUUGAUACGCUAAAAGAUAUGUUAACAUCUGCACCAAUAAUUCAGCCAUCGAAUUGGGAUCUUCCAUUCGAACUUAUGUGUGAUGCCAGCAAUCAUGUAGUUGGCGCUGUACUAGGGAAAAAAGUUGGAAGAGCUUCACAUGUUAUUUAUUAUGCUUCGAGAACACUUGAUAGUGCACAAAGCAAUUAUACCACAACAGAAAAAGAACUUUUAGCUAUUGUAUUUGCUUUAAAAAAAUUCCGUUCAUAUUUGCUUGGUACUAAAGUGAUUGUUUAUUCUGACGAUGCAGCUCUUAAGUACCUGCUUUCAAAGAAAGAAGCUAAGCCCAGACUCAUUCGAUGGAUGCUCUUACUACAAGAGUUUAACCUGGAGAUACGAGAUAAAAAGGGUGCAGAAAAUUUAGUUGCUGAUCAUCUUAGUAGGAUAAUUACAAGUGUAAAACCUUCGCCAUUGCAAGAUGAUUUUCCUGAUGAACAUCUUUUUUCUGUUCAAAAGACGAUUCCCUGGUAUGCUGAUAUUGUGAAUUACUUAGUUACUAGAACAUUACCAGUUGAUUUAUCUAAAUCUCAAAAAGAUAAAAUAAAGAGUGAUGAUAAAUACUAUGUUUGGUAUGACCCUUAUUUGUGGAAGCAUUGUUCUGAUCAAAUAAUCCGAAGAAAUUUGGGUUAUAGGGAUCAAAUGUCACUUACUCCUAUACUUGUUUGUGAAAUAUUUGACGUUUGGGGUAUUGAUUUCAUGGGUCCUUUUCUUUCUUCUUACAAUAAUGUUUACGUUAUUCUUGCUGUGGAUUAUGUUUGGGAUGCCAAGAGCACUAAUAAGCGAUCGUGGAACUCAUUUUUGCAACAGAGUGGUGGAAGUUACCAUCCACAAAGCAAUGGACAGGCAGAAAUCUCAAACAAAGAAAUUAAGUCCAUACUAGAGAAGACUGUUAACCCGAACAGGAAAGGUUGGUGUACACGACUUGAUGAUGCUUUAUGGGCUUAUCGAACGGCCUACAAAACUCCAAUAGGUAUGUCUCCUUAUCGUUUGGUAUUUGGUAAACUGUGUCAUUUUCCUGUUGAGUGGGAACACAAGGCUUAUUGGGCUGUUAAGCAAUGUAACAUGAGGAUGGAUGAAUUUGGUGAGUUGAGAAAGUUGCAGCUGCAAGAGCUUGAAGAAAUUCGUAAUGAUGCAUACGAAAGCUCUAGAAUUUACAAGGAAAAGACAAAAGCAUUUCAUGAUCAAAAGAUUUCUAGGAAAUUUUUUGCUGUUGGUCAGAAAGUUUUACUUUAUCAUUCUAGAUUGAAACUUUUUCCUGGUAAAUUGCAUUCUAGAUGGGUAGGACCUUUUGUUGUCACUAAUGUUUUUCCUCAUGGUGCAGUUGAAAUACACAGUUUAGAGACUGGAAAAUAUUUUAAAGUUUUGGACAUCGUUUAA